UUUGCUUCUGCUGCUUGGGCUUCUGCCGAAUCGGAGAUCGCACUCUCUGAGAACUGAUCAAUGGCUCCCAAGAAGGACAAGGGUCCUGCUCCUUCCUCGAAACCUGCCAAGUCUGGCGGUGGCAAGCAGAAGAAGAAGAAGUGGAGCAAGGGAAAGCAGAAGGAGAAGGUAAAUAACAUGGUGCUCUUCGAUCAGGGCACCUAUGACAAGCUCUUGUCUGAGGCACCAAAAUACAAGCUCAUCACACCUUCCAUUCUCUCUGAUCGUUUGAGGAUCAAUGGAUCACUAGCAAGGAAGGCCAUUAGAGAAUUGAUGGCUAGAGGCUCAAUCAGGAUGGUAUCUGCACACGCAAGUCAGCAGAUCUACACUAGGGCUACAAACACUUAAAUGCUUUUGGUCAUAGGAUAUGUAGUGCUGGCGGUUUUGGCUGUAUUCUUGUUCCUUUUUUCCCCUGGUUAAUGACACUUGCUCUUGCUAUAUUGCAUCUCAGGACUAUUGUCGACUGUUUAAAUUUAUGCGUUAAUGAUAAGGUUUUAUUUCUCCUUGGUAACGAUA